AUUGCCAUACACGUGAACAUUACCUAAGUUUAUAAUGGAGGGAAAACAAAAUUCAGAGAUAAAAGUUGAAAAUUUGGAAAAUUCAUCUGAUAACACAGACAAAUUCAAAAAUUUGGAUAAAGGAUGGUCUUGGGUAAUAAUGUUAGCUAGUUUCGGUGCAUUUUGUCUGAUUGGUGCAAAUAUGUAUGGUGUAGGAAUAAUGCAUGCUACCCUACUCAAGAGGUAUGGAUCAAGUGUGUCCCUCACAUCAUGGGCAGGAUCGUUACAGACAGCUUCCAUGUCUCUCGGAGCUCCUUUGUCAAGCUAUUUUGUGGACAGAUUCAGUUGUCGGACAGCGGUAAUGUUGUCCGGAAUACUUUUUGGGACGGGAUAUCUGGGAACAGCAUUUGCACCUAAUGUUGAAACAGCAAUUUUCACCUUAGGAAUCAUUGCCGGUUGCGGUGCUGGUGUUGGUUACACAGCGAGCAUGGUUGUCAUUGGAUUCAGUUUCAAACGAAGACGCCACAUUGCUUUAGGUUUUGCUCUUUCUGGUAUGGGUGCCGGCCUCUUUGCGCUCUCACCCAUGAUGCAACUGGCUUAUAAUUAUUAUGGAUCUACAGGGUUUUUUAUUAUACAGGCAACAAUGUCUCUGAACAUUGUAACAUUUGGAGCAAUGUAUUUUCCAAGUCAGCUGGAACUACAUACACAAGAAAUGCGCAAAUGUAACAAAGCUAAUACAAAGUCCGACAAAUCAAAAUCAAAUUGCAUCGAAGUCUUUACGCAGUAUUGCAAAGCUUUAGUUAACAAACCAAUAGCUCUUUUGAGUGUUGGUAUGUUUUUGAACUGCGUCGGGACAUAUCUAAUCUACUUGCAUCUGCCGGUAUAUAUUGUGUCGAAAGGAUUCACAGAGUUUCAGGCUGCAUGGAUGGUAUCAGUGACAGGUAUAUUGUCUGUCGUUGGCCGUAUAAUAACCGGAUUCGUUGCAAAUCUGGGUAUGUUCAAAGAAAUUUGGCUAUACGCAGGUACAUUUGGCGUCGUUUCUGUUAGCACAAUUGUGUAUCCGCACAUAUCAUAUACAUUUGCAGGGCAUAUCGUCUUUGCAGCAGUCCUUGGUUUGUUUUUCGGCAGCUGCUAUGUACUAAUGACGGCAGUAAAUAUACGUAUUGUUGGUAUCAAGUUUGUGUCUUCAGCAAUAGGAAUUGAGCUUUUCUUUGGCGGAAUUGGUGCAGUCUUAGGACCGGUAAUUGCUGGUGUAUUGGUGGACAAUGGCGGUACAUACGAACAAUCCUUUACUUUUGCAGGUGUUUGCAUCUUCCUAGCGGCAGUUUUAAGCAUACUUACAGUGUGUCAUGAUGUUCCUGGAAAAGAAUGCGAAAAUCAGAAUGCAGACAAAGACUGAAACCCUGUGAAGCUGAUAUCAAUCACUUCAUUGUCUAAGUAAGACAUGAUAACUGUUAUAUCGGGAAGUUGUUGCUUCUUGCUACUUUCCAGGACAGUAACGCAUAUAACAGUAUACUAUUAAGUUCUUUUUCGUUCUAUUCCCUUUCGUACCUGCAAUAUGUUUUCCUAUUUUUGAAAUGUAAUUGUAAUUAGGCCGAUUAUAUUGUUAGAAAAAUGCCAGAACUUUAAACUGAUUCCAACAUAGGUUUUCAUGGAUGAGUUAUUUAUGCAAUAGAGAGAGAACAGUCCUCAAAAGAAAUCUUAGCCAAACCAAAACAAAUAGGACAGCUUCCUUUUAAUUAAACAAAGUAUUGCACAUUUACCUAAAAUAGAAUAAAAUAAACGAAAAAUUAGUAUCAUUUCUUUAUUCAUAUGUAUGCAUUACAUAUUAACACAUUGCAAAGCAGUUCAAGAAGAUUUUCUAACCAGUUGCUGUAACUGUUAAUGUAUUUUACCAAAUGUAGAUGUUAUCAAGUACCCAAGCCUUCUGCAGUAACAUUGGGAAAUAAUUUUUUUUUUUACAAAUCCCCUAUAAAUGUUUUUUCUUGUUUCUUACUUUCAGACAUAGUUGUUUGUGUUCAACUCCUUGUAACUACAAUACCGAUGAGUUUGUUCAAAACACCUAUGGAAAUUCUAUGUUCUGAAUUUCGACAGCUGUGAUCCGAAAUUUGACACCUAGUCGCUCUGACAAUGAUAAUAAAAUUCUGAACGGAACCCUCUAGUACUUGCAAGAUAUCUUAAAAUUUCUUUUUAUUCUUAUAUUCAAAAGCCUAUAUGCAAUUUUCGGAGUAAAUAUAUUUUAGGUAACGGUAACGUACUUUUCAACAAAUUAAGUCGUUAUAGCAGAUUUUUAUUCUGAAAAUGUGUUCUUUUGCUUAUGCUCAAUGCUUAUGUUAAAUCACCACCAUCUAUUCAAUAUUGACACUGAGGCAUGUUGCUUGGUGUUUUUCUUUGCAAUGUAGGACAUGGUAUUAAACUAGAUUACCGUUGUUUAAAAGUGACUGAAGUGAAAAGAGAUAUCGGCGUUUACGUUGUGGUUCUAUCGCAACUCCUAAAAGCACUUUGUGUCGCAAUGCGACGCUUCAAUAUAACAAAGAAUCUGCUUGUUUGUUUGUGUAUAUUUUACAUGUAAUUCCUACAUCAGAAACACUAAAGCUUAAAUAACAGGGAAAAUAAUAUAGACCUUUUUGCAUGUGACUGAUGCAGAUUUUAUCAAUCGUUCGGAAACUAUACCAGUAACGUAUUUCAGAAAUAAAUGUUUAAACUACCAGUAACGUAGCUGUUAACAAAUCACAGUGUUAUAUUGCUUAUGCUCUAUAUUUAUCUUAUAUCACUGUCAUCUUUUCAAUACCGAUCCCAAUACAUGUUGCUUGUUGUUUGUUUCAAAAUGCAGAACAUAGUAAUAAACUAGAUCAACGCUAUCUAAAAGUAACAGAAGUAAAAAGAAUAAAAGCAGUUACUAGUUUCGGCAUUUACGUGGUGGUAUUAUCACAACACAUAAACAUACUUUGUGUAACAGUGUAACAUUUUUUUGUAUGAAAAAGGUGCUGUACAUUUCAAAAAAAAAUAUGUACAUAUAAGUUUGUUGCAAAGAUAUUACAUAAAAAGAUAUUAUCUCAAAUCAUUAUGCUCCGAAAUGCAACACUAAGUAGCUUGGGCCUUAAAAUGUACUGACAAAAACAGUUAACCCGUCAUUUGUUACAUUGCCAAUAUCUUGAAAUGCCUCAAAAGUAAACUCUAGCACUUAUGCAUAGACAUAGAACUGUAUGUUGGUGAUACCAUAUUUGAUCAAAAUUAAAAUCAUAGACAUAAAAUGAAUUUACUCAUCAUACAAAUUCAGUUCAUUUCUGAAAAGUCAAAGAAAUACACUGAUCUACAAACUACUGAUAAACGCAGUAAAUGGCAACCAAAACAAAAUAAGACCCUUACAAUACAAUAUCGAAAAAGAUACUUUAAAAAAACUUUGGGACAAGCCCAUUAUUUUAACUGGGGACCAUACGUUGCUUUUCAUGGAAUAAUACACAAGUGUAUCAUUGAAGGUCCCAUGUACACAGCCAUAUGAACACAUCAGCGGAUAUCUCUAAACUGUUUUGGUACUUGUAACAUAUGUAAAUAUUAAGUUUUGCGGUGUAAGGUAGCAUGCAUUUCUAUGACCAUACAUGUACAGGCUCAAUCAAACCGAGCCUGCAACAUAUUCGUUUUUGUCAAGUUGAGCGACCUGUGGAGUUUCUACUUUAGUUUUCUUUUUUAUCACAGCAGCGUUGUUUGUGCCGUGUGACGGCCGUAAUACGUCUCCCCGUACAUUCAAUCCCAACUAUUAUAUUUCGAUCUUUUAAGAUCGUUCAGAAAAAAUUUUAUGCUGUGUUAUUGGUAAUGUUCCUAUACUGCCGUUUUCACAGCUUUGGGUAUUGUAUAAUCACCCCUUGGAUAUUUCAAAUCCCUUGUUUUCUUUUAGUUCAGCCCAUUGUUUUCCCAGUUAGGGCAAGCUCAUUACAUACGCAUUGAAGGUUCCAUGUGCAUCGUCGUAUAAAUACGUCUGCAUGUAUCUCUAAAUUGUUUUUGGUACUUGUAAUAUAUGUAAAUGUUGCGUUUUGCUUAACGGGGGGAUAGAGGGCAUGGAUUUUCAUAACCGUGCACGAAUAAACUCUAGCGAACCGAGACUGCAACAUUUCACUUUCGUCGUAUUGAGCGACCUGUGAGUGUCUAGGUUUUCUUAAAAGAUGUUUAAUAUUUGUAUCACAUUGAACUCACUUCUAGUAAUUGCAGUAAUCUAAAGAUAUUGACAAAAUAGGAAAUGGCGAGUUACCUCUAUUGUUCAGUAUGUUUAUAUGUAUAGAAUAUAUUUAAUCAUCAUAAUCAUUGGCAUAAUUCUUCUACUCAAUAAUUGCUAAUUUCAACCUUGAUGCAGAUAUUCGCCACAAUAUUCAAUGCAAUCCAAGCGAAUUUCACAAUUUACUUGACAUAAAUAAAGUAAGGUUUCACAGAAGAUAAACAUUUGAUUUAUUUAUAUUGUAUUGCUUCUUUCGCAUGGCAUAACAAAUUCACAAAUAGCGAGCGUAAUUUAACAAUUUUAUAAAUACGUGAAUAUUCAACUUACGUAAAAGCAAAAGGACAACUAGUUUUAACAUUAUUAGAGUGUUGGCCCUUCAAAAAUAAAAGAAAAAAACCCAUGCAUAUAUAUCUUGUUAAUUUUAAUUGCGAUUGUAAAAAGGGAACUGUAAUAGUAUAACCACAGCACAAUAAAUUCACUGUAUGUUUCAAGAAGUAUUCAUAAGGUCCAAAAUGCCAUUGCAUAUUAAGGUUCUUCACAUGUUAACCGCAAAAAUACACUUAGCAAGAUAGCCGCAUGAGAUGCCAACGUUCUCCUGAUAUUGUAAAGUCCUUUCCUUUUUAUUGAUUAGUAUUUACGUUAGAUUUGGGGAUGCAUGUUUCAGACAGGUAAUUGGUAUUUCCAUGGGAACAAAUUGUGCACUUCCUGUCGCACAUUUGUUUCUAUAUUGUUACGAAAGAUAUUUCAUGUUGAGCCUUUCUCCAGAUACGCAGGCAGAAAUUAUUUCUAAAAACUACUUAAUCAAAUAUUCAAAGUACAAAAAAGUACAUGCUUCAAAAUUAUUUUGGUUAAAGUAUUCAAAAAAACAGAGUCAAAAAAGGUCAUAAUUCUGACAACAAAAUGUGUCAGAGUUUUAUAUUUUAGAAUGUUUACUAUAUUUUAACACCCAUGCGUUGUAAACUGGAAACUGCAAUUAAUUUCAGUAUAGUAUGUGCAGUUAAGGAAAACAUUUAUGUGAAGAAAUGUAACAAACAUUGUUGGAAAGUCUGCUUACACUUUUUCCCCAUAAUGAGAGUGACGAAUUUUAGCAACACAUCGUUAAUUCAUAUAAUAAACUUAAAAGGGUUGUUAUAACUAUUGGCCCAUUUACAUUUAUGUAUGUAUAUGAUUACAAUGUAUUUAUGAAUAAUGUAAGGUAGCAGGGUACACUUGGAUUCGAACAUUUUGAGCACAGCCAGGCGUUUUAUAUCAGUACCACUGAAUUUUUAUAUAAGAAUAUGUUAUGAAUACAAUAAAACUGAAU